CCUUUUUUCUAUUCUUUAACUGUUUUAACAUUUCUAAAAACAAUUCUAUAUGUCAUUCUUGACUUCAAACCACAACCAUUGUCAGUAUGAUAAAAUCUGAUGGUGAUAUUAUAUUCUGGUUUAAUAACAAACAACAUAGAACGACCACCCCCCAUGUUAAAUAUAAUCGUGAGGUGUAUUUGGCAUAAUGCAGUUUUAUCUGAUUCAUCAACAUAUACAUAUACAUACACCUACAAACAUGUACUAUAAAAAUUUGCUAGUAAGUUACCAGAGCACCCUGUUUUUGUAUUUUUAGAUGCCAAAUGAUGAGUUCUUACAUUUUUAGUGCAAUUUAGUUACUUUUUGAUGUUUUAUCGUCUUCCAAAAUACAACCACGUUUCAGUUGCCAAAUUUGAAUUCAGGCUAUUGCGUACUCUGUUUAUCUGGCCUAAUUUUAACCCUUGUCAUCCCAUAACAUUCUAAACAAUUUUUUGGUUUUCUGUCCAAAAAAAUCCUGGUGUCUACUAAACUUAGCACCAACUUUUUAUUUUUCAAAUAAUAAAUAUUUGGUUUCAAAGCAGAAAGUUUUCGGCUAUUUGUUGUUUUGUCUGUGAACUGAUGCAGUAAUGCUUUGCACAAAUUAUACCAUUAUAAUUAUGACAUUCUUAUCUGCUCUUAAAUAUGGCUGCAUAUUUCAAAUACACACCCUUCCAUUUCAAACAAAUAAUUAUUUUUUUCACUUGAAAGAUAUAGAGUACCUUAAUGCUGAAUAUCAUUCGUAAAGACAAUGUAUUUAUAGCAAAUCUUUAAUUUUGCCUUCACCAAGCAUUUGGCACAGACACAUACGUAGGAUGAUUGCCGGGUGUGCUUUAUUAGUUACACUCUUCUAUCUCAUGCCUCCAAUUUUGGUACUUCCAUAAAGGUAUUCCUUUACCAGUUAGAGCUUUAUGAACAAUAUCAACCUGAUGUUAUGCUGUUUCCCAAGUUCAAAGUGUUCUAGCCCAUAUACUACCACAUUGAGAUAGGCCGAUGCGAGUUUCUGUUUCCGUGACCUGAGAUAUAGGGAUCUCGAAGAUAAGCAGUUGCCUUUGGAUUAAAGGGAUAUAAGAUUUUGUAGAAAUCUGAAUUUUUAAGUGAUUUUGAAACAAGAACCAUUUACUAAUGCAUGCCCAGUUUUUGGCGUCUGUGAUAAACCAUAAAUAAUUAAACCCUGGAAACAGACAGGAGAGGAAUGCACUUAUUGUUUUCCUUUUACCUGGCUUCUACUUAUGAUGUUUCACCCACAAACAGCAAUUUGAAACGUUAGAACAUCUGCAUUAUUCAAACUGUUCCAAAUAUUUCAUCGAAUUUACCUGCCCUUGUAAGGAAAACAUGGAGUCUUAACUGGCAUAGUAAACAAAGGUAACACAUGUUAUACAAAUUCCAUCCUUUAAGUGGUAUAUGUCCUUGUUACACGUUGGUUUUAAUUGUGCCUGCUUUAUUAUCUCCACAAAGUCCAAAUCCCUUUAUAUGUUUCUUUUGCAUCGUUCUCCUUUACCUAUUGGUCCUUCUAAUUUCUUGCUGGCUUUGAACAUUCUCUAAAAAAAACUAUUACAAUAACCAGCAAGACUCCCCUGAGAUUCUUCAUAGUUAUUAAUGAAUUAACAGGAUCUUCUUUGGUUUACAAUUUUCUUCUUUUACUCUAACAACAAUAACAUCUUGUAACCUUUGUUCCCGUUUCUCUUCUAAAGAACAGAAAAAGACAAUCCUUAUUUAACCAACAAUAGCAGACUCGUUCAAUGCACUGUCACAGUGUCAACAGCUUAUAGUUAUCAAGUUAUCAUGGUUUUGCCCCAGUGUUCGUUGUAAUGAUGUGAUUGUUGUCCAGUUAUUUAGGUAAUAACAAUAAAAAAUUCAGCUUAGUUACUUUUCACCACUCAGGUACUAUGAAAGGUGGACGACGUUACCGGGAUUUUGAUAAAGAUCGACAUAACAGUUGGCUUAAGUACGUUGGCUGCUGCAAUUCUGCAGUUGAUUUAUCUCAUUUAAAUAUUGUUAUACUAUUUUUACCAGAACUUAACUCGCCUAAAAAAAUAGGAAAGGGAAUUAAUUUCCCUAGUCGUCUGAAUUUGAUAAUUAACCCAGUCGAGUAGGGAGGCAAAGUUUGCUCCCUUUGUUUUCAGGAUCGAUUAAUUAUUCAAGUACUGCUGCCUUUAGUCAUUUAAUUUUGUCUUAUCUUUGUGGCUCGAUGCCCAUGCACAUUUCUCCAGUCACGACGGGCGGGGACUGGCCCACAGCCGUAAUGAUCAGUGUAAGGCCUAGUGUUGGGCGCCUUCAGCACGUUUACUACUGCUUCAGCUCAGAGCUACUGCCAGGGUUUCAAGUACUGGCGCACAGGUCGUUGCCUGCUACAGUUUAUAAUUUUUUUAAGAAUUAUUCUAAAAUUUAAUUUAUUGCCUAAUUGUUAUGCUUUUGUGUUCACGCGUCGUGUAUUAUUGUUUUUACGAGUCCUACGUAAUGUUUAAUCCGAAUCCUUGAGAUGGUUUAAAGCACUAUGCUAACAUUCUGUCAUCAUACAAGUGUUAUCAUAACAACCAACUGGUCCGUCACUUUAUCUUGAAUUAUUUUUUAUUUUUUUGUUGUGGCUGUAGCCAGUCUGUAUAAAUUAUCAGUUUUUUCUUGUGCCGUACUGCUUGUGCUCAUACUUCAAAAUGGUUUGUGAUAGAAGGAUUGUUUUUCCAUUAAGGAUUUUCUCAAAUAAUAGCUUAACGUCCAUGCUGGACAGUAAGAUAUCGUAUUUAGCACUUUAUUUUGGGUGCGUAAGCCCAGUUUUAAUUGCAACCUCUAUCCCUGUAGACCAGACACUUCGAUGCAGUUUGUUGUACUGUAAACCCAUUUUAUCAUUAUCUACUUGAGGAUAUGCUUGAAGGUCAUUAAAAAAGAAAACGUUUCGUUAAAUUCUUUGCCAUUAUCAGUACUAUCUGCUAUUAUUUCUAUGCCUUUAAAAAUGAUAGAGCUUGUGAUGAUUAUAUUUCAUAUGAAACUGGAAGCCUAUACUUAUCUUUAUUACUUUUUAUUUUUACAUGUUUUUAUGUACUGGAUGGAACAACUUAUAUUUAACACUUUUAAGAAUAUUUUAUAUAGUAUGGAUGUCUUUAAUACAUGAGGAGGAGGAGGAUGAGGAAGAGGAGGGGAAAGAAAUUGCAAUUGCAGAAAGUACUGCCAUAAAAAGUAAUGCAGUUACGAAGAUAACUAAUUGGUGGAGAAAAAUAAUUGAAAAAGAAAAAUUGCAUAAAAAACAGAAGUCAUCAACCCUAGUUGAAGAAGACAAAUAUUUUAAGAACGGAACUUGUAUUGUGUGUGGAGACAAAUGUUUAAAAACUUUGCUAAAUGAUACCAGCCACGAGAGAAAGGUUACUGAAUACGAACAAUUCGUUCUUGUCGAGAAAGAUUUUAAGGUAUUGUUUUAUAGUUAUGAUGAAGUGUAUAGGAAUGAUGCGAUGGAUAUUGAUGAAUGGCAUGAGAUUGAUAUUGAAAUAGGUGAUCUUUCAAAAAAAAUAAGAGUUGUAAGACUUACUAAAAGAUGGGAGGAUUUUCCAAAACUUCGUGAUUUUGCAACUGCUCUUCACAUCAAGAUAAACAAUGUGUCGCUGUCGAUACGACAUAAGGAGGAAGAGGAAGAGGAAAUUUCAAUUCAAAAAUUGUAUAAAAAGUAUGCUGUACAUACAAAGAGAGAAAGAAAAGAAAUUAAAAGGCAAAAUAAUAAAUUAUGUAACACAGAAGCAGUUGAGGAGAAGUCAUUAACCACAGAUGACGAAGACCAAUAUUUUAGAAAUGGAGCUUGUAUUGUUUGUAGAGACAAAUGUUUGAAAAAUGACAGUAGCCAUAAAAUAAAGGUUAGAGAGUAUGAACAAUUCAUUCUUGUUGAAAAAUAUAUCCUGAAGUUGGAUGAUGAAUUUGUUAAUGUUUAUACAAAUUCCCCAAUGGAUAUCGAUAUAUGGAAGGAUAUUGCCAGUAAUAUAUGUUAUCUCUUAAAAAGAAUAAAAUUGGCAAGACUUGAUAAAAACUGGAAGGACGUAUCCACUCUUCAUAAUUUUACAACUAAUCUAUGUGACAAAAUUUACAAUGUGUCGCAACACUUGAUGGAGCUUGAAGAACAAGAAGAGUGCAUUGUUGUUCUUACGGAUGAAAGUCAUAGGAGUGUGUCUGAGCUUGAGGAAGAAGUGGACGAGCAAGAGGUUCUUACGGACGAAAGUGUUAGGAGUGGAUCUGAGCUUGAGGAGGAAAUGGACGAGCAAGAGGUUCUUACGGACGAAAGUGAUAGGAGUGGAUCUGAGCUUGAGGAAGAAGUGGACGAGCAAGAGGUUCUUACGGACGAAAGUGGUAGGAGUGGAUCUGAGCUUGAGGAGGAAAUGGACGAGCAAGAGGUUCUUACGGACGAAAGUGUUAGGAGUGGAUCUGAGCUUGAGGAAGAAGUGGACGAGCAGGGUGAGGAGGAAAGGGAGGAGAAGGAGAAAAGUACAGCUCGAAGAACUGCUGCCAGAAAUAGUAAUGCAGUAACCAAGAUAGCCAAUUGGUGGAAAAAAAUAAUUGAAAAACGGCAUAAGAAACAGCCCAGAAAUAAAUCAAAUAAAACAGAAGCAGAUGAAAAGAAAUCGUCAACCACAAUUGAAGAAGAUGAAUAUUUUAAGAAUGGAACUUGUAUUGUUUGUGGAGAUGGAUGUUCGAAAAAUAUGUCAAAUGGCACUAGCCACGAAAAAAAGGUUGAAGAGUAUAAACAAUUCAUUAUUGUUGAGAAAGAUUUCAAGAGGCUGUAUGAAGAUUUGCAUAAACUGUAUGAAAACGAUGCGAUGGAUAUCGAAGAAUGGCAAGACAUCGACACAAAAAUAAAUGAUCUAUCAGAGAAAGUAAGUAAUGGAAGAUAUACAAAAAAAUGGGAGGAAUUUUCAGAGCUUCGUGAUAUCACCAAUAAUAUACACAAAAAAGUAAGAAAUGUAUCACGGCGUUUGAAAAAAUUGGAAACAGGAGAUUUUAUCGAUGUUCCGGGGCCUAACCGACGUAAAAAUCAAAAAAAAGUUGGAACAAGAAAAGGUAUUGUUAAUAGAAAAUAAACAGAGUGUUUAUAGUUGGCUUUUUGACUUUCUAUUUUACUGCAUGUGGUUACGAAAGGACAAAUUUUUAAAAUGUAGAUACCAUGUACACUUUUUAUUUAUUACUGGUGCAUAAGUGGUUGUCUGCUAUUAUUUCUUUGUUUAUUUGCUUGUUUAUUUAUUUAUUUAUUUAUCUUUAUCAUGUUGAUUUUUUUUAGUGCUGAAUUUUUUUUAUAUACAACGUAUAUAAAGAGGGUAAUUUUUAAGUAGAGAUGUGUAAAUAAAAUAUGUAGGUCGUUUAGUUCAAUUACCUUGAUUUUGCAAAAGUAUACCUGCAAUUAGAACGAUCUGACACCGGAAGACAGUUCAAGUCCAACUUCAAAUUUGAUAGUUUAGGUACACAGAAAAAAAGUUAAGAUUAAUUUCACACUAAAUAUACAAUUUGCACCUUUGUUUUAACAAUAUUGUUACGUGAUGUGAUGACGACAUAGCAUUCACUAAGUUAAUAAUUAACAAUCUAAAACAAGUGAUAUUAAAAUUAUGAUAUAUUUUAAAAAUAAUUUAUGUUUUUUUAAAAAAAGGAUGUUAUAUUCUAGUUAGUAUUGAUAAAGAAUCUUUUGAUGUUACAAUUUCUUCAUAAAUAUAACCACUUGUCAUGACAUAUAUGAUCCUUGCAGCUUGCUGCUCUGUCACCUCUUCAUCAUUAAGCUAUGUUUUAUUGGAGUUAUCGUCGCAUGUAUUAUUUGCGUACAUUUUGAAAAUAUGUGGGUUGUAAUAUUCAAA